UAUCUCGGUCAGUAUACUGAUAGGCGCUCGUAAGGUGUUUUCCGUGGUACGUGAUACGAGCGAAAUGUGUACAUACAUUGUUUACAGUUGUGAGGGAUUCAAAAGUAUGGCGACUAAAAUGUGGAUUGUAGGGUUAUUAAGCAUGUUGUCAAUGAAGUGUAUUCUGGCAAGUGUCCCAUGGGAUCCCGCAUGUGGCACCACCAGGGGCUGUUUCCCCGACUGCAGGGACACCGGAUGUACCUUUCUUGUCACGUGGCAACCUCUGGUAACCGAGCUUCUGUUCGCAGUACAGUACGAGGUGACAGCAACCAACAGCUACGUGGCACUAGGCUUCUCAGACGACCUUAGAAUGGGCGACGAUAGUGUGGUAGCGUGUGUUCCCGGGGACCCGACCAAUCCGGUUCAGUCCUGGUACACUCAGGACACUGAUUUAGAAUCCCUUUCACCGCUGAACACGGGACUUUCAGCGGCGAUUGUUACCCAUGCAAAUGGCGUCCUUGCUUGCAAUUUUACGCGACAAAUCAAAGACGCUAAUGCCCAUUUCUUCAAUCUCAACAACGAGUAUUUGAUAAUGGUGGUUGUGGGACAAAUGAAGACCAAGCACGGUGUGACACAGUUGGACAAGCAUUACAUGAUUCCUCACACGAGUGACGUCAAAGUGGACUUCACCUCCACCAGUAUCUACAAGCAAUACAAGCUGAGUAGCCCCUUGGUAAAACUGCAUGGAUCAAUGAUGACCCUUGCGUGGUUGGUGUGUUGCUCCAUCGGUAUUGUGAUAGCCAGGUACCAGAAAGAUCUGUUGCCUGACAAGAAACUCUUCAGCACAAAGUAUUGGUUCCAGCUCCAUCGCGGGUCCAUGAUUUGUGUCAUGAUCUUCGGAACCGUUGGAUUCAUCUCAAUUUUCGUCGAACUGAAAGGCUACAGUCAGCUAACACCUCCGCCAUCCAAGGGCGCCACGGCGGCACAUCCGGUUCUUGGAAUCAUCGUGACCGCCAUUAUGUUCAUUAAUCCAACCAUGUCUAUGUUCCGGCCAGACCCCGAUCACAAGUUCCGCUUCGUGUUCAAUUGGGCACACCUCGGGGUCGGCGUCACUGGUCACGUGUUGGCAGUUGUUUCUACAAUGAUCGGGUUGACGACGGAGAGAGCGGGGCUGCCCACUUCCGGUCUUGUGGUGGGACUCCUCUGGUUAGCCGCCAUCAUCAUCAUGGGGGUCAUCAUGGAAAUUCUCAAGUGGAAGACGCCCGCAAACAAAACCAGUUGUCAAAACACUGGAAAGUCCGCCGAGGGUACAGACAAACCAAAUUUAAAGCGCGAUGCCAGACUAAAAGUUAUUCUGCUUGGGAUAUUUUGCGCGGCUAUGGGAGUAUUCUGGAUUGCCAUCGUCGCCAUUAUUGCAACGUACUGAAUAACAUGAUCUUUAAUUUCAUUAGUGUUUGUAUUGUAUGACUUUUUUACAUAUUGAUAAUACUAUUUUUAUAUUUGUUUUUAACCUGUUUGCCCUUACAUCUAUUGACUGUGUUGUAUUGAUAAUUUAUGGCAUUUUAAGAAGGGCAUAAAUUCAAAUACGCGUUUAGUAUGCAAACUAUUUUGUUAGUGUUUUUUGCAUCCGUGUAGUUACAAUAUAUAUGAAACUGAAAUUUGGUUCAUCUUCAUAAUGAUGCUACUUGAUUACAAUGUGCUAAUUGCAGAAUGGCAUGUCAUAGAUUGUAUUGAUAUGGCAACUUCAGUUUAGUUUUGAAACAUUUGGCAUAAACGGAAAAUACACUAGCAGUGCUUGUAAGUUGGAACGUUCUGUUUACAUAUUGAUUUAUUCAAGGCACAACGCCGGUCACAUAUAUACACAAACUCUGGCAUAGGAUUACCAACUCGUUAUUUUUUUAUUUUUCUAUUUCAUUUUAUAUUUACAUUGUUUUACUAUUUGAAAUGUGAAUGAACUGAAGCGUUAAAUGCAAUGAUCAGUUUUAAAGGGGCCUUUGCACGUUUGGGUAAAUUGAAAAAAAAGAGAAAAAAGUUGUUUCAGAUUCGCAAAUUUUCGUUUUAGUUAUGAUAUUUGUGAGGAAACAGUAAUACUGAAUAUUUAUCUUGCUCUAAAAUAGCCAUGAUAUGCAUCUUUUGAUGAAUUAAAAACCAAAAAGUUAUAAAGCGUUGCAACGCGAAACGAAUGAAUAAUUUGGAAAGUUCUGUUGUUGUCGUUAUAUUUUGUGAAACUACGAGGAUUGCUUAUAUAAAGUAUUAAAUACAUGUACAUCAUUGUAUCAGGAAGGAUGGCCGAGUGGUCUUAGCGGUAGACUGUUUACUCCAGAACUCCAGGGGUCAGUGGUUCGAGCCCUGCUGAGGGUUUCUUUUUUCUUUUUUAAUUUUAUUCUUAAUUUUUACUGGAGCUUUUUAGAUCCAAUGUUUACAUUCAUCAAUAUAAAGCAUUUAAUGCCAAACUUCAAAACAUGCCAAAAUCUGUGAAAAGGCCCCUUUAAACGUGUAUGUACAUUAUAUCAACUUUCAUUCAGGAACCACUCAAUCAGGAAAUCAGUUAAACAUUAAAGUUGUUUGCCGAACAAGCAAAAUUUAGAACAGAAUUAACAUCUUACGUAUUUUUUUAAAAUUAUAUAUUACUUCUAAGCAGAAUAACAUGCUGCAUUGUGGAUUUGUGGUUCAUUGGGUUUAUUGCCAUAUAACAUGUUACGGUGUUAGAUUUUUAUAUACACAGGUGAUGACUCCGUCGACAUAUUUAUGUUUUGUUGGUUUUCAAUAUUUUGUUCUUUUUUGUGUUCUACUUUUAAUUUUUGUUGUCUUAUAUUUCUACAUUUUGUGUUGUAGUUACAAUAUAAACAUUCUAUAGUCAGCUAGAUACAUGCAGGUAACUUAAUAUUUGAAAUAUAGGUAUAUUGUACCAAAACAUAUCGUCAUGUAUAUUUGAAUGGCGAAACAAAAAAACAAAUAAAAUUUAAAGUCUACAUUGUUGACAAUGUUUUCUGUUGUAUAGUGGUUGCGUUUUGUACUUUUGGAUAAGGCAUUAGUUGUUGCGGCUGUUAUCAAAUAAAUAAGUCAUACAGUCUCAUUGUAAGUUCACCAAUGUUUUAUAUUAUGCAUUACAUUAUUAUGCUUCUACUUUGAGAAUAUAAACGCCCACUGUACGUUAUUUAGGGAAAUACAAAACUCGCGGACUGAUCACAUAGUAUUGUGUCCGAUGGGUUCGGUAUUUAUUGCCUGUUCGCACCCGCUAGCUCUAGUUGUUUAUAACCUUUGUAACAAACCCAAUAUUUUCCUAAUUGUCAAAAGUUCGCCUGGUCUAUUUUCUUGUAUGUAGUUGUUUGUGAGAAGUAUUGCGUUUAUUACGUAAUAAAUCCUUUACAUUUA